AUGUCUGAUUUAUUGCGAUCAGCCUUCAACUAUAUCAGUCAGGUAGCGCCAACAAAUGUGCUGACUGGCUCGAAGACUGAUCAUCCCCUGAUUGGGAACACAAUUGAAGUCGGCGGACUCAGACUCAAAAUACGAUCACUCAUCGCCGAAGGUGGUUUUGCGUUGGUAUUCGCCGCGCAAGAUUCACAGGGCAGUUGGUUUGCGUUGAAGCGGCAGCUGGCUGCCGAUCAGGAAGCAACAGAUGCGGUCAUACAAGAAAUUCGGUUCUUACGAGAGUUGACUGGUAAUCCAGCAAUCAUUCGCUAUGUACAAGCGGCACAGUUGAGUCCGCAAGAGAGUGGCCAUGGUAAGGCGGAAUUUCUGUUGGUCACAGAAUUAUGCUCAGGCGGCAGUGUGGUUGAAGUUCUGCAAAAGAAGCAUUUCACUCCAUCGCAAGUGAUGAAAAUAUUUUUUGCUGCAUGCACUGCAGUACGGCAUAUGCACGCGAGGACACCCCCGAUUACACAUCGAGAUAUCAAGGUGGAGAAUUUACUAUUCGAUUCGUAUGGUUUUGUUAAGUUGUGUGAUUUUGGGAGUGCAACAAAAGAAGUGUUUGAACCGAAUGAUGAUUGGAGUGCUAUGCAAAGAACUCAGCUCGAAGAAGAGUUAGCACGACACACAACUCCAAUGUAUAGAGCGCCAGAAAUUUUGGAUUUGUAUUCGAAUUCUCCAAUUGGUCCAGCACAAGAUAUUUGGGCAUUGGGUUGUAUUCUAUUCUAUUUAUGCUAUCGCAAGCAUCCAUUCGAGGAUAGCGCUAAGUUAAGGAUUAUCAACGCUAAAUAUGUCUUGCCAGAGCAGGAAACUGCUUACACGAUGUUUCAUCCUUUGAUACAGAGAUGUCUGCAAAUAGAUCCCCGAAAUCGACCAAGUGCCAACGAGCUGUGUGAAAGUGCGAACGCAUUAGCCGUAGCGAUGGGUGUCGAUUUAACAAAACCCGUUGAAGGUAUCGACAUUCCGCAACUCACUUCGAACGCUUCUUUGAAUGCCACUUCUGGCCAAUUGCAAAAAGAAUUAUUCAGUGGUAGCAGCAGCAGCAGCGCAACAACAGCAGCGGUACCGUUUGCAAACGCCGGUCCCCCGCCCAGGCCUCCUCCUCCAGCGGGCAGCUCUCGUGCCGCGGAACCGAGCACUCAACAGCAAGCGUCUGCAAUGUUCGGAGCACUGAAAGGCCAGGGAAUGUCGUGGCUGAAGAAUAUUAAAGACAAAACAACAGCAGUAGCGCAGACUGUACAGUCAACCUAUGGUAACCGUGGACCGGACAUAACAUUUGUGACAAGUCAUCUUGUAAUCGCACCGUUAAGUGAUGCAAUACCAGAAGCUCUAGCUGCACAAGCAGAAGAGGUGAUGCGUAUAGGGAUAACUGAGCAAUCGAAGGGAUUGUUCGCCAUUUAUAAUUUAUCGCAUAGGCAUUUACGAUGCAAUUAUAACAAUCGUUUGAGUGAAGUGGCAAUGCCAUUAGUAACAAGUGGUCUAGCACCGACAUUGAAUGGGAUCAUUGAUAUUUGUAAAAAUAUGAGUUUAUUUUUGAAACAACAGCAGACGAAUUUUAUUGUUAUCACUGGACCUGAAGUGCAGUGUGUGCUGAUGGCUUGUGCCCUAUUGAUAUAUACUCGCCUGGCUGAGAGUCCCAUGUUGGCCGUACAAUUGGUGGCCGAGAAGCGUCCAGCACCGAUUCCUCAGAUGCCAACGUCAUACCAUCGACAGCUUGAUCUGCUCACUACAGUCGUCACCACUCCAAGAGAAGCUCUACUAUCGAUGGUUCACAAUCGUCGCGUAAUACUCGAAUCAAUACUGAUCUCACCGUGUCCAACGUUCAAUCGUCUGCGCAACGGUUGCCGUCCCGUAGUGGAGGUGUAUUCGGCUGGUCAAAAGCUGUGGUCAAGCGCUAAGGAAUACGAAUUGUUACAAAGUUAUGAGCAGUCAGAAUGUUCUGUGAUUGACUUAACCCUCGGCAACGUGGCGGUCUCUGGUGACGUUCAGAUUGUUGUGUAUCAUGCGAGGUGGAUAAAGAUGCAAAAUCGAAUGCAACAGCUGUUCAUGUUCUCAUUGUCGUUCCAUGCAAAUUUCAUUGACACGAACUCGCAUUUGAUUGAAAUGAAACGAAAUGAUUUGGAUAUAUUACCGGACGAUAGGUCACGAUUCGAUGAGCUCUUAAGAGUUGGUUUGCGAGUGUUGGUCGAAGACACGGAUCGUUGUUUCAAUAUGUCUGAUUUACCGCCAUUCCUAAGCUACGAUCCGAGAAGUGUUCGAAAGAUGAUACUCGUGUCGAGUCAAGACGAAUACGAGCAAAUACAUCGUCAUUUGAAAGUGUUCAAGAAGGAUUAUAAAAACAGAGCUUUAUCGCCAUCAUCUUCACAACAACACUCUUCUUCCAAUCAGCCGGAUUUUGCGGCUGAUCGCAUUUUCGAUCAUUCUCCUUCUGAAUAUCGAGACUCUGAUCCAAUCAGUGGUAAAGUUUUGGGUGAUGAACACCGUCAACAAACUGCUUCACCGCAAACUAUGGAUUCUUUCUUUUCAUCAUUACAAGUGAGACGUACUCUUGAUUCUUGGAACGAUGACAGAUCACAAAGUGAUCAAGAAGCGCGUUUGUGUCCUCCAGCGGCUCAGCCGCAACCAAACCAGGCGUUGUCUGGAUCGCCUCAACUGCACAGAAGUAGUCAAUCUCAGCAAGAUCACUUCCAAACCACACAUCUGGCUGAAGCAGCGCCACAACACAACAGUGAUGAUUUGUUUAGUUUGGGUCAGACACAAAGAAACGACAUUGCAAAGUCGACGCCAUCUGUAUCACCGACGAGCGCCCGAAAAAUCGACGAAGCUGAAGCGUAUGAACGUUUGUAUGGUAUUCGAGUAAGCGGUGGAGGUGGAGGGAAUGCCAGUGAUCAGAUGAUAUCUGCAGAGGAGGAGGAAGACAGCGAAAAGUACAAAUUUGAUUGCGAAAAGAAGUGCGCACAGCAGCCAAAAAUUGUGACAAAUGAUGGUGAGAACGGCUCAUCGGAUCAGCUCAUCAGUCAAAUCGAUUUGUUGUUGAAUCUUGGCAAUGAUAAACCCGAAGGGAGCCAGCAACAGUCUGUGGAUCCAUUUGCGGAUUUCUACAAAACGAGCGAGAGAGCACCGAUCGAAGAAACGUCCUCGCCAACAUUUGCGCACAAAUCAUCAAGUAGUGGUGAAGUAGUGAACAAGCACGAUGAUUUGUUAGAUUGGACGUUUGGUACGGUCAAUAAACAACCGAAUUUAUCCAGUUUAUCAACAGCCAGCUGUUUGAACAGUGCAGCUGGUGGUAUGCAACGUAAUAUAUCGGCACCGUCAUUUGCGACCAACAACAUCACUUCGACACCGCAGAAGAUGUCAAAUUUCGAUCCGUUCGCCGACUUUUUAGCUUCAUCAUCGAAUGAGAAUCUCUCGAAGUCGACAGCAAGACUUGACGGUGCGCCUGGUGACUCUGCAGCAAACAGUGGUCGAGCAACGCCGAGCAGUCAACGUCCAAAUUACAGCCGAGCGCAUUUUGAUGCGAUUAGUUCAAUUGGAGGUUUGAAACCAAAACUUACCGAGAAUACCUUCGAUGAUUUGCUAAGUAGUCAAGGAUUUUCAUCAUCAUCAAAGAAUACUAAGACGAUGAUUGAAAUGAAGAAAGCUGAGGAUAACAAGACAAUGGACCCAGUCUCAAUUAAAAUACGUGAUUGGACAACAGGUAAAGAAGGUAAUAUCAGAGCGUUGUUAGGGUCGUUGAACGAUGUUUUAUGGGAUGGCGCUGAUAAAUGGAAUCAACCGAAUAUGGGUGAUCUGCUUAGAGCUGUGCAGGUGAAGAAAUUCUACCGUAAAGCUUGUCUGGUGAUUCAUCCUGACAAGCAAGUUGGUACGGAAAAUGAGUUGUUAGCACGUGCGAUAUUCACCGAACUGAACGAUGCAUGGACAGCGUUUGAAAAUGCUGGAUCUCCUUCACUUUGA